AUGUCAAGAGCUUUGACUUGCAAUUAUAUUGCAUUAAAACUAAUAUUAAAAACAUUGCUGAGGCUUCCAUCAGAGGCAGAAAAAUUUAGAUUAUCAAAGGUUAAUUUCACUCCAAAAGCAAAAAGAGUUAAAUAUGAGAUAUAUAGUACUUAG